UCAUUCAGAGUUUUGCAAUCAACAAGUGAUCAGUACAGUAGGAAACAUCAAUUGUGAAACUGUUAUAAAGUCAUCAUGUAUUGUAUGUACAAGAUUCUGCUUUUGAGCCUUGCCUGUUAUGCUGUGUCGGCGUAUUAUCUUGAUUCAGAUUUUUUGAAUAACAACAACAGUCCUUCAUUUCGCCGCGUCGAUUGUUCGGGAAGGAAAGAUGAUGAUAUAUGCAAAUCUCGCGACCGAAAUAAAGAUUGCCAAUAUGAUGUUAUUAAAAGUCAAUGCCCAAGAUUGUGUGGAGAAUGCCCUCAGUUUGCUCCUCCUCGGUGCCCUGAGGAAUACCCAUUUGGUUGCUGUUGGAAUGGUGACGAGGCGAAAGAUAUCGAUAAGAGCAAUUGUCCUCCAUGCAAAGACAUAGAUACAGAUCUUUGCAGUGGGGAUGCCGUUAAAGAAGACUGUAACUUUGUCAAAGCAAUGAAAGGCACGAGAAAGUUGUGCCCUGAAACUUGUAACAGCUGCCAUGAUUACGGUAACUAGCCAUGACUUGCUUCAUAUGUCAUUCUAUGUGCUAUUGAAGACAACAGCGACUGGAUGUACUCGUUACAUAUAUUUUAACGUGCUACUUAAUUUACAAACUUAUAAAGCUUUUUUAUUUACGUUGUAUGAUAGUUCUAUAGUAAUAAAAUUUUUACCAAUUA